CGCCGCCGCCGCCGCCCGGACCCCGGCGCGCUGAAUGCAGACUAAUAGGGAUGCCAAAGGAAAAAUAUGAUCCUCCAGAUCCUCGCAGAAUUUAUACCAUCAUGUCAGCAGAGGAGGUAGCCAAUGGGAAAAAAUCUCACUGGGCAGAAUUAGAAAUCUCGGAAUUGCUUUUAAAUAACAAUCUGUUACGGGUUUUGCCUUAUGAACUUGGUCGGCUCUUCCAGCUACAAACUCUAGGUUUGAAAGGCAAUCCUUUAUCACAGGAUAUUCUCAACUUAUACCAGGGCCCAGAUGGAACCCGAAAGCUACUGAACUUCGUGCUUGACAAUCUCGCAGUUCAUCCAGAGCAGCUUCCUCCGAGGCCAUGGAUUACAUUUAAAGAACUAGACCAAAUUCUGCCAUCAGCAUCAUUCACGGUUAUGUGUUACAAUGUGUUAUGUGAUAAAUACGCUACCCGGCAGCUAUAUGGUUAUUGCCCAUCCUGGGCAUUAAACUGGGAAUACAGGAAAAAGGGAAUUAUGGAAGAAAUUGUUAACUGUGACGCAGAAAUCAUUAGUCUUCAGGAAGUGGAAACAGAGCAAUACUUCACUCUCUUUCUGCCAGCAUUGAAGGAGCAUGAAUAUGAUGGAUUUUUUUCUCCAAAGUCACGUGCCAAAAUCAUGUCUGAGCAGGAGAGAAAGCAUGUAGAUGGUUGUGCAAUAUUCUUCAAAACAGAAAAAUUUACAUUGGUGCAGAAGCAUACAGUGGAAUUUAACCAAGUGGCAAUGGCUAAUUCAGAUGGAUCCGAAGCUAUGCUGAAUAGAGUGAUGACAAAAGAUAACAUUGGUGUCACUGUGGUAUUAGAGGUCCACAAAGAACUAUUUGGAGCAGGUAUGAAGCCUAUUCAUGCUGCAGACAAACAGCUGCUUAUAGUGGCAAAUGCCCACAUGCAUUGGGACCCAGAGUAUUCUGAUGUGAAGCUCAUCCAGACCAUGAUGUUUGUCUCAGAGGUUAAAACCAUUCUGGAGAAAGCCUCUAGUAGGUCUGGCAGCCCAGCUGCAGAUCCUAAUUCCAUCCCGCUGGUGCUAUGUGCAGAUCUUAACUCAUUGCCAGAUUCAGGUGUUGUGGAACACUUAAGCAAUGGAGGAAUAGCUGACAACCAUAAAGACUUCAAGGAACUAAGGUACAAUGAGUGUCUUAUGAACUUCAGCUGCAAUGGAAAGAAUGGAAGCUCAGAAGGGAGAAUCACACAUGGCUUCCAACUUAAGAACGCCUAUGAAAAUAACUUGAUGCCUUACACCAAUUACACCUUUGAUUUCAAAGGCGUGAUUGACUACAUUUUCUAUUCCAAGACUCAUAUGAACGUGCUUGGUGUCCUGGGGCCUUUAGAUCCUCAAUGGCUGGUUGAGAACAACAUUACUGGGUGUCCACACCCUCACAUCCCUUCAGACCACUUCUUAAUGUUAACACAACUUGAAAUCCACCCUCCACUCCUGCCUCUUGUCAAUGGUGUUCACUUGCCUAAUCGGAGGUAGUGGAGUACUGCCCCACCAAGACAGGGAUCUGUUGCUAUGGACCUGUACAGUUGUAAAUCAAAGUAUGUAGGAGUGAAGUAUGGCCAUCCUUAAGCUGCUUCUUCAGGUUUCUUUCAUUAUGUGUUUGCUGUAAGACUUUGUACAUUUUUGUGCAUAUUGGUAUCAUUUGGCAGUAGGGCUGGAACCAAAGUAUUACUCUCUUUCCAAAAUUUUAAUUUAACAUGUUUUUAAAUUGGACCUUCUUUAUAUUGUAUUAACAGCCAGCAUUCAAAAUUGAUAAAUUACCAAUUUGAGGCCCAACAACAGUGUAUUUGUUUUUCCAAAACAAAUACUUUCUUUUGAAUGGUUUCAGUGAGCCAACCAUUUUAUAAAAGGCAAUUUUUAAAAACUAUAAAUACAGUAUUUUAAACUGAAUGAUGAUAUGCCUUCCAGGGAAAACCUUGAAUUUUUCCUUUAUAACUGACUUUUGGAUUCCCAAGUCAUUUGCACAUUAACAGAGUACUUAAAUUUACUUGUUCAGUACAUAAACUAUGAUAUAGCCUCUAUACAUGGUAAGAAAAUU